UGACGGAAUAAUGGCCAGGUGGCGGGGUCUCCCUUGCAUUUCCCCGCCCCUCGCCUAGGCCUGAGAGAUGCAGCUGGGUCUCCGGUUCCUCCUUUCCUCUUCCCCCAGCCCUCCCUUCCCAUCCUUUUCCAUCCCCAGCGCGGCUGACGUGUCUCCUUGGCACUGCUCAUGCUCUCCCUCCGCCCCAAACCCGGGUCCCAACCUCGCCGCUCGCCCCCGCCUUCUCUUCUCUCCUCCCCUCCGCCUCACCAUCGCCGUCCUCCGCGCCUGGGGCCUCCUCCCACCCCUCUCCCCCCACCAGCUCCAUUCCCAGCCCCAGCCCCGCCAACAUGGCUGCAGCGCAGCUCCUGCCCUUCUGCCUUCUCGUUCUGCUCUUCUUUUCUGGGCCGCAACUGGGUCAAGCGAAUCGAAGCGGGGACCGGCGCUUCGCGGAGCUGAAACGUUGCGCCGACGAGGAGUGCAGCAUGCUAAUGUAUCGGGGUAGAGCUCUAGAGGAUUUCACUGGUCCAGAUUGCCGCUUUGUAAAUUUUAAAGAAGGGGAAGCUGUGUAUGUCUAUUACAAAUUAGUAGGAACAUUACCUGAACUUUGGGCUGGAAGUGUUGGCAGUGUUUUUGGAUACUUUCCAAAGGAUUUAAUUGAAGUAAAUCAUCAAUAUUCUGAACAAGAACAGGAACUACCAACAGAUGAAACAGAUUUUGUUUGUUUUGAUGGAGGAACAGAUGAUUUUGAUAAUUAUGAUGUUGAAGAUCUUUUAGGAUUUUUGGGAGAAACUUUGAGGGGCAAAGGGGAAGAUGAAUUGAACACUUCAGGAAUUGAAGGCUCUGAGAAUCCUAUAGAAGAAAUGGAGGAGGAGAAUCCUGAGAAGCUGAAUAUUGAAAAACCUCCUGAAGUAUCCAAGGAUGAUGAGCCUGAAACAGCAAUGGACAGCAAAGUUCUUGCAAAUUCAGAAGAAAACAAUUUACCUUCUGAAAACACUAAGAAUCUAGAGGAAGAGUUUGAGACACAGAUGCCCCCUGUUCAUGUAAAUAGUCAUGUAGAUAAUCCUCAUGGAAACCAACCCUCCCUUGAGCCCUUAGAAGAAAUGCUGCAAGAUAAAUUAAAAGUGCCCGAAAGCGAAAAUGCCAAAAACAUUAAUACUUCACAACUUUCCAAGGACUGGGAAGAGAUUGAUGCCUAUAAACUUUUGAAGAAGGAAAUGAAUUUGGAUUUGAAAACAAAAUUUGGCUCAACUGCAGAUGCUCUUGUAUCUGAUGAUGAAACAACUAGGCUUGUUACUUCAUUAGAAGAUGAGUUUGAUGGGGAAUUGGAUGUUGACGAUUCCAAAGUUGAAGAAGAGGAUAAAGAGAACUUUGAUGAACCACCAUUACUAACUUUUUCAAAUGGAGAAGACAGGAAAACAUCAGUGAAUACUGUAGUUGAGAAAUAUUCAACAGGUGAAAGUCUGUUUCCUGAAGAAGAUACUGAUGAAGUGGUUCAACCUAGGACUGGUGAAAAGAAUGAUAAAAAUAUAUUGAAAACCUUAGGAGAUACCAUUUUCUCUAUUGUUGGUGGAGGUGAAGAAGAUGCCACAGAUUUGGAUGGCUCUGAUUUAGAUGAGGAAAAGGAGGAGGAUAAUGAAAAAGUCUUAACAGGCAAAUGGGAAGAAGAUAGCACUUUUUUGACUAUAGAAGUUCCUGUAACUAAUCAUGACAAAAACCUAGAUGAUACCCUUGAAAUUGCCACAGUUACUGGAAUUAAGGAAAAAAGUGAGAAAAUACAGUCAUAUAAGGAAGAAUUUCCAAAGGAUGGAAUGGAAUUGGUAGAUAAGGACAGUGCUAUAAAAAGUCCUAUUCCUGAAAUUGACCUUAAACUUAAUCCUAUGGAAGGUGACCUAAAAGAAUCCAUUGUCCACCAAAUCACAAAAGAGGAGCUCCAUGAGGAAAAGUCUGGACAGAAAGUUUUAUAUGAAAACUUAGAGAGUGAUCCUGUCCAUAAAACUCUUUGGAAGAAAAUGAAAGAGAAAAAUACUGAACAGAAAUCUGUAAAUAUUAAAUCACUGUUAGAAGAUGAACAACAAAAUGCAUCCAAAGGAAAUGUAGAUAUAAGAGAUAUUUCAGAAAAUGAACAAGAGCAGGAAAUGUUUUCAGAAAAGAUUCAAGGAAAGCAAGCCACACAGCCAGCUGGGCUUAAAACUCAAUAUCAAGUCAACAUUUCUUCUGAAGAUCAAACUGAUUUACCAAGAGAAAAAGUGGAAGAAAAUCUUAAGUUGGAAGGAAAUAUAUUGAGCCAGCAGGAAAAAGAUGUGGAAACUGAGAUUAACAAGCAGCUGGAUGAAAAGACCAAGCUUUCUGAAGGAGAAAUUCAAGAUCAAUUCUCCAAAGAUAGAAGCAAAGUAAUGAAAUUAUUCUCUCCAGAUGAAAAUCUUAAUGAUCACAAAGAAAUGGAGAGUGCACAAAAUAAAGACAAAGAUAUUCCUAAGGAGAGAGAAGCAACUCAUUUCAAAGAAAAUGUAGGCCAACCCCUUACUAUAGGAACAACAGAUUUCCAGACAGAAAAGGCAGAAGCUGAGGAUGAUGACUUCCCCAAUUCUGAGGAUUUGUUAGAAGAUGAAAAUGCUAUAAGUGCUGCUGCUAGUGGCCAGAGCAGUAGGCUUGAUGUUGAUGUGCAAAUGAGAAAAGCUACUUCAGGAGUCACUAAUCUGAUGCAUUCCUUGGAAAACACCAAAGAAAAAACAAGUAUGAUUUUGGAAAAUCAGGGAAUAGGCAGCUUGCAAGGGUCAAUUGAGACUACACCCAAAGAAGUAAUUGAGAAGGAUGGAGAACCUGUUAAAAUAUCUAUAAAGGAGCAAGGGAAGAAUCCCCUUGAGAAAAAUGAAAAUGAAAAAAAUGCAUUUAGUGAAUUUCUUGACAAGGAUAAAAAUCAGGCUCAAGAUUUGGUUGAAGAAACUAAUUAUUUUGAGAAAGAAGAUGGUCUGAAAAACAAAAUAGACUUCAGUUUCACAGAAAAGUCUUGGCCAGAUGAGCUUUCCCAAGAGGACCUUGAACAUUCACAGAAUUUCACUGAGGAGGAAAGCCAAACAUAUCAGCAAUCUGAUUUUAUAGAUCUUGAAGAUAAUCUUGCUUAUAAAAAUGCUUUAGAGUCGGAAGAUGGUGACACGAUAAAGCAGUUGCCUAUAAUUAAGGGCUUUCUUGAUGAAAAACGAGUAGAAAGGUUAGAAAAGUACCUUGGGUCUGAGAAUAUGCUGCAAAUGGAAUCCACAUUCCGUGACAUGGAAAGGAAGCUAGAGCGUGCUCAAAGGGAGAGCCUGGCAUAUAAUAUGGAAAAGGCCCUGGAUGAUGUCUUUCGCUCUUCAGAGUCAAACAUCCUUGAUAUGGUGGAGAAAAUGUUAGAUUCAAGAGCAGCAGAAAACAAGGAACUGGGCAUGAAGGAGAUAGACUUGUUUGAUGAAGAGUCUGCUCUGCUAGAUGAUAUUCAAGACCUGAUCUAUUUUGUCAGGUACAAACAUCCUUUGGUGGAAGAGAGUGUACCAUUAGCAGCUAUUGAGCCUCCAGAAGAAAUUUCUAGGGUGCCUCUUACAGUAUUUCCUGUAGACCAAAAAAUAGAACCCAGAGGAGUCCAAGGAAGAAAGUUUGCAGUGAAUGAAGAGGAUACAUUUGCACCAGAGGAAAACAAGAGGCCACCAGAGAAUAUGGAAAUUAAAGUUCUUAAAGUGGAAGAGCCUGAUGAGAAUUUGGACAUCUCAGAAAAGGAUGGUCUUUUGGAUUCAAAAGAGAUCAUAGAUGUCAGUGACUCACAAGAUGGACUACUAGUCAUAGAGACUUUACCAGACCAAAAUGUUGAAGAUUUGGCUAGAGGAAUGAUUUCAACAGAAGACAUUCCUUUGGAUUUAAAACAGCUUCCUCUAGAAAUAAUUUCCACAGAAGAUGCUCCUUUGGAUACAGAACAACAUCCUCUAGGAAUGAUUUCCGUAGAAGAUACUCCAUUGCAUACAGAACAACUAGAAACAAAUCCAGAGAUACCACCAGUUCUUGCAGCUAUGAAGAGUAUAAGUCUUGUAGCAAAAGAAAACAUGAAACAAUAUACUGAGAUGUUGGUUGCCACAUUGCCUGAGGAUAUCCGGCCUGGUCCUGAUUUUCAUGGAUUGCCCUGGGAGCCUAUAAUUAUUACAGCCUUACUGGGAAUUGGUUCAUUUGCCAUUUUCUUCUGGAGAACUUUUCUUUCAGUAAAGAGCAGAGUUUAUCAAGUGAAUGAAAAACAACUUGCUGAGAAGAUUAAGACUCUCUUACAAGAAAAAACAGAAAUUUUAGAAAAGAUGUCAGAAUAUGAUCAUAAGAUCAAAAAAGCAAAAGAGUCAGUAAAGGAAACCAAGAAACAAAAUAUUAAUCUUUCUGAUGAAGCAGCUGACCUUAAGGAUACAAUCAAAGGACUUGAAGAAACAAAUCAAAAACUGGAUGACAAAGUGAAAAAUCUUCAUUCGUUGUUGGAAACUGAGAAAGAACAGAAUGUAAAGAAACAGGACAUGAUCUUAGAAACUCAGAAAUCAAUAGAAAAGUUACAAGAAGUUAUCACAAUGCAUUCUGUUGAACUUUCAGAGGUGCAGAUAGCCCUUAAUGAAGCUAAGCUCAGUGAAGAAAAAGUGAAGUCUGAAUUGCAUCAUGUACAAGAAGAAAAUGCUCGACUCAAGAAGAGAAAGGAGCAGCUGCUACAGGAAGCAGAAGGUUGGAGUGAGCGACACACUGAACUCAGUGAGCAAAUUAGAUUAUAUCAGAAGACUCAGAAAGACACAGAAGAAGCCCUUGCUUACAAAGAAAAUGAAAUAGAUGUUUUGACUAAUUGCAUUAUGCAGCUGAAACAACUUGAUCUUGAUUCUGAAUCUGAGGGCAAAAAUAAUGAAGAAGGAAAUGGAUGGGAUGACUUGGCCAAUGGAGAGGUGUCAGAUAAAAUCACCUCAGAUAACCGAAAUGAAAAGAUGAAGAUCCAGAUUAAACAGAUGAUGGAUGUUUCACGGGUUAAAACUACAUUAACAAUAGUUGAAGAAGAUAGAAAUCAUUUGCAGUCCAAACUAAGUGAUGAAAUAAAAGCUCGACAUGAGUUGGAAGAACAAAUAAAGAAGUUGGAACAUGAUUCCUCUUCCCUGCACUCAGCUAAAGCACAUUUAGAAAAUGAAUGUAAAACUCUGCAACAAAAAGUGGAGAUUCUUAAUGAACUCUACCAGCAAAAGGAGAUGGCUCUCCAGAAGAAGCUCACUCAGGAAGAGUAUGAAAGGCAAGAAAAGGAGCAGAAGCUGACUGCUGCAGAUGAGAAAGCCAGCUUGGUGGCAGAAGAGGUGAAAACUUACAAGCAAAGAAUUCAGGAGAUGGAAGAUGAGUUACAGAAAACAGAGAGGUCAUAUAAGAAUCAGAUUGCUAGUCAUGAGAAGAAGGCCCAUGACAACUGGCUCAUUGCUCGUGCUGCAGAAAGGGCUCUUGCAGAGGAGAAGAGAGAAGCAGCCAAUCUGAGACAAAAAUUAAUAGAAGUAAAUCAAAAGAUUGCAAUGCUCCAAAGACCCAUGAUCGUAAAGCCAACACCAGGAAGACCUGAUCAUCAGAUUCCUCCACGGAGAGGACCUCUGAGCCGAGAUGGCUCUUUUGGUCCAUCCCCUGUGAGUGGUGGUGCACCCUCCCCGCCACUGAUGAUGGAACCACCAUUACGGUCUAUCUCUGGUACUCUUAACCGAAGAGAUGUAUCUAGAAGUGAAUUUGGGUCUAUGGAUGGGCCUCCUCUUGGUCCUGGUCCUAGGAGGUCAUCUGAAGUAUCUGGAAGAACAUCUGCCUCUGAUAUAGGUCCUGGUCCAGUCCCUUUGAUGAACAGUGGUCCAAGAAGCUCUUCUCCCUCAACAGUGUUGGAUGGCAUGCAAACCCUUCCCCCAGAGUCUGAAGGUUCCUGUGUUCCUACUGUUCAACCAUCAGCUGAGGAGUCAGUGUCAGUUAAUACUGGCCCCAAGGGUCAUCCACCAUUCCCAGGAAUGCCCCUCAUGUCACCAAUAGGACCUCCACCACCACCUCUUCGAUAUGGACCACCUCCUCCACUAAGAGCAUCUUAUGGGCCUCGACCUCUUCCUCCUCCUCUUGUACCUGGUGGUCCUCCACCUCCAAGCUUUCGGGAAUACUUACAUGGCCUACCACCAGGAAUAAGGGACCUACCUCCUGAUCCCCGGGAAUACAUACGUGGACACCCACCUUUUGGACCCCUAGGUCCUCCUGGCCCAAGAGAGUACCUUCCUCCUGGCCCAAGAUUACCACCUCCAGCCCACGGAAGGGACUAUCCACCGCCACCCUUUUCAAGAGACUUGACACCUUCAGGUUCUAGAGACUAUGCCCCAUCUCUUCCUCAUCCACCUCAUGCCUCUCAAGGAAGCACACAGGACUAUGCACAGGCUCCAGAACAGAGCCCAUAACUUUAGCCUUCAACUUGAGAGAAAUAGACUGUUGGAACACUUCAUACAGGUAAAAGAUUUCAUUGGCUUUGAAAUAAAUUUUACUUUCAUUUCAUGAUUAGGUUUGUUUACUUUGUAUUUUUUGCAGGACUUUUUUUCCCCAUUCAACUGCUCCUGGCAUCAUUGUGCAUUUAUGAGCCAAACUAUUCAACCUCUCCAUGAUUUGAGAAGCAAAAAUAUAUACAUUUUUUUUUUUGUCAUGAAUGAGGACAUUUUAAAGCUGUAGCCUUUUGCAGCUCUUUAAAUGUGCAAUACAAAAAAAAUACCUGUGUUUUAGUUUCACGUAGUUUAUGUAAUUGAUAAUUUCAAAUGUCAUAAAUGUAAUCAACAUUUCCUGUGGAAAUACUUUAUUAAAAAAGGUUAAGUGCUA